CCUCCACCUCCACGCCCCCCACAUCCCAUUCCUUCCUUUCCACUCGCCUCCCUCCCUCCCCACCCACAUCUCCACCUCCUUCCUGCCCUCUCCGUCUCCGGUCGGGUCGCUUCCUCAGUCCACGAGCUGAGCUGCGGUGAAGGGAGCGCGCCAUGGCCACCGCCGCUGACGUGGACGAGAUGGCCGCCGCCGACAUCAUCUGCUCGCUGCGCGGGGCGGACCUGGCGGGGUGGACGCCGCCGUGGUGCAAGGCGGAGCAGGCGCCGGCACGGCGGGAGGGGGAGAUGAUCUGGCCGGCGGUGGCGCGGGGGAAGCGCUCGCGCCGCCGGUCGCCGUCGGCGGGCUCCGCGGGGACGGCGAAGGGGAGGUGGGGCCGCGGCAGCCCGGCCUCGCCGCUCGACUACAGCGGCGGCUCCGGCUCCGGCUCCGCCGCGUCCACCAGCGGCGGGGAGGACGGCGGCGGCUCCUGCUCGCUGACCCACCGGCGCGCGCCGGCGACCAAGGUGGGCUCCAUUGGACGGCCGCAGCUGACCUUCCCGACCCUGCCUACACGGGCCAGCGGUCAGCGACCUCGGAAGAAAUUGAAGCUGCCGGAGAUCCAGCAAAUGGUGCGGUCGCUCUCGGUGGAGAAUGAGAGCCUCCGCGAGGAGAUGCGAGCUUUGCAGAGAGCUUGCAGGGUGCUGUCAAAAGAAAACGACAAGCUUGAGACAAGGUUAGGGCAAUCAGACUUGCAGAAUGAAAUCAUAUCGAAGGACCCGAAAGGAAAGGAACAGAUUGAUCGACACUCAGUUAUGCAGUCCACACGAGACAUCUUCGUGCUACCAGAUCUCAACCUUCCCCCACAGGACAAUGCCAAUGUAUCAACAGUUCAUUGAUCACUCCAGAUUGCUGCAACCUUAACUGAAUAACAAGUGUACAUAGAGGAAGCAUGGUAGCAGUCUAGAUGGCAGGCCACCACGUCAUCAUUUGAGAAUGACAUAUCACACAUAUUGGAUAAGUUGUUACUAGAUCACAGAGUUCACUACCACUAUAGUUGUAAGUGAUAAGUCGCAUCUGUAGCUAAAGGGAAUUCUAAUCUUAACUUACCUGACAUUGUUUUGCCUAGUGCAUCUGCAUAUGGUAGAGCUGAAGAUAGUUUCAGCUCAAAUUGAUCUCCACAUUAGUGGAUUUAGAUGAAUUUAUCCAUGUUAUUUCAUUCAAUUAAGUAAAAUGUUACAUGUGAAGAUCUGACAUUUGUGAGAAAAAUGGUAUACUUAUUUCUGUC